AUGGCUUCAUUUGAUCUAUUCGGUGAACUGUCAUCGGAAGAACAAAAUGAAUUGGAAAAACGUCAAACACAACUCAGACAAAAUGUACAGGAAAAGCUGAAGGCUUUACCACAGGAUCCUUUAGAUCGUACCAUGGCAGAUAAUCGCAUGGUGUUCACCCAUAAACGUCAAGCAUUAUUUGGAAAGCCUGGAAUCCAUUGCAAUUUACUGUCAAAGGAGGAAUGCCGGGACAUUUUAAAUAUUUGCAACAAACGAACUGAAUGGACUACGGCUCGUCAUUCAGCCUUUGCUACAACUGAUAUACCCAUUCGCAGCGAUCCCCGCUUGGCAUAUUUGGAGUCCCUUGUCAAACAGAGGCUUUUUCCCGAAUUGGCCCAUUUUUACGGAUUCAAGGUAGCUGAUUUAGACUUUCGAGAUAUAUUUUUAGUUAAAUAUAGUGCAAAAGCACAAAAAGGGCUGAAAAUGCAUACAGAUGGCUGUUUGUUUUCUUUGACUUUGCUCAUCAGUGACCCUACUGAUUUCGAGGGCGGUGGAACUUAUUAUCAAAGCAUUGAUAAAGUCUUACAUUUAAAUCAAGGUGAUGUUGCUUAUCAUGAUGCUCGCGUUAUGCACAGUGGUAUUGAUAUCACAAAAGGAUCGAGGUACAUUUUAGUGGCUUUUAUUGAUACUAAAGAUACUAUCGAUAAGGAUAAAAGAGCCAACAAAACAAUGUUGAGAUCACAAUAA